AAUCUAACACCAAACUACACUCCGACAUCUUUCUGCUCUUCCGUCUCCCGCCUGCCGGAGCACCGCCGUGAAGCAGCAAAGCUGCAGUGCUACAUUCGCAAGAAAUUCACCAAAGAAAAUAUAAAAAUGUCAUUUUCCUCGGUAUUAUUUUCCCCAAUUCACUUCCCAUUACCCACCAUCUACAGCCAUAGCUCUCGCCGCCGAGGCAUUUCAGUAACAGCCGCAAUUCCACCAUUUUCCGCAGUUGCAGACCUCUCUGCAGCUUCCGACACCAUCGACGGCACCACGAUCGCAGUUAUUGGAGGCGGUUCCGUCGCCGCGCUCGCUGCCGUUCUGUCCCUCACCGACCCGGAGAAGCGGCGGCAAAUGCAGGCGGAGGAGGUCGGCGGAGGGGACAAGGAAGUGGUUCGGGAGUACUUCAACAACGACGGUUUUCAGAGAUGGAGAAGGAUUUACGGAGACGCCGACGACGUUAAUCGAGUGCAGAAGGACAUUAGGUUAGGGCAUUCGAAAACGGUGGAGAAUGUGAUGAAGAUGUUGCUGGAUGAGGGACCACUGAAUGGAGUCUUGGUGUGCGAUGCAGGUUGCGGUACUGGUUCCUUAUCGAUUCCGCUGGCGAAGGAAGGGGCCAUUGUGGCGGCGAGUGAUAUCUCAGCCGCCAUGGUUGCCGAGGCUGAGAAGCAGGCAAGCGAAGAGCUUCUUCAAGGGAAGGACGAACUUCCCACUGGACUCGUGUUACCUAAAUUUGAAGUGAAGGACUUGGAGAGCUUGGAUGGAAAGUACGACACAGUUGUAUGCCUAGAUGUUUUAAUACACUAUCCACAACAUAAGGCUGAUGGUAUGAUUGCCCACUUGACUUCUUUGGCCAAGGAUCGUUUAAUUCUAAGUUUUGCGCCGAAGACAUUUUACUAUGAUUUACUGAAGAGAGUAGGAGAGUUAUUCCCCGGACCUUCAAAGGCUACGAGGGCAUAUCUUCAUGCUGAGGCAGAUAUAGAGAGGGCGUUGAAAAAGGUUGGGUGGCGUAUAAGAAAGAGAGGUUUGAUCACCACACAGUUUUACUUUUCUCGAAUUGUUGAGGCCAUUCCUGCUUAAGCUGAAAGAGAGGUUAGACAUGAUUUUUUAGAAGUUUAUCUCAAUUUAUAACCUCCUAAAUCUGCUCAUUCAUCCUUGCGUUAUCCAUGCCACGUGUAAUAGAUAAGUUUAUGUAAUCAUUUGUACAACUUGUGUGGAAAUUUUUGCUAGCUAAUGCUGUCUUUAAGUGUAAAGUUGUUCCCUGAGAUUCAGAAUCUUUAUGUAUAUUCUGGUUCUACUCUUACCAUGUUUGACCCAUGCUUUUCGAUAUUCUUGGUUUACUUCUUCCUCA